AUUAACGCGCCCGCUUGUGAAAUUGGCGAAAAAAGAAUAACCAAAGGAUGAGCACCUGGAAUCCGGAGAACGAUGUGGACCUGCUGUCCGGCUCCGAGGACGAGGAGGAGGUGGCCAUGAAACGGGACUACCACGGCCGGGAGGCCCUGCUCUUCGUGGUGGACGCCAAUCUGCAGACCGCCGGCGUGGAGCGCCUGAUGGAGGCACUGAACAUCAUCCGGACAGCCUUUAUAUCCGGAAUCCUGGUGAACGACAAGGACCUCAUCGGACUCAUCUUCGCCAACACCAAGCACAGUCCUCCGCCGCUGGAAUCGAACGCCCUGGACAGCAUCGUGAUGCCGCAGGACUGCGCCGUCUUCCUGCCCCUGCGACAGCUAACCAAACCCAUUGUGGAGCACUACCUGGAGUUCAUGGGCGGCGUGGAGACGCAGUUCGCCCAAGUGUACGGCCUGGCAGAGCCCGAUGGCCGCGGCAGGUUCGACUACAUGAUCCGGCUGUGCAUCGAGCUGCUGGAGAAGUGCGGCAAGAAGCUGAACAACGCCAAGAUCGUUUACUUGACCGAUGUGCCGAAUCCGACGACCAGUGAUCACUUCCAGGCGGCCCUGCAGAAGGCCAACGAUUUGGAGGGCAAAGAGUUCGAGUUUCAUGUCAUUCCCAUGGUCGAUGACUUCGACUAUGAGCCUUUCUACAAGGAGUUUAUCACGCUUUCAAGGGCCAUUGAAAUGGACGCCUUUCAAAUACCAGAUGCCCAAAUGCUGCGCGAAAUCCUGGCAGAUCGCAAGCUGAAGCAGGACUUCCUGCGCCGCUGCCUCGGUCACUUCAGCUUCUACCUGGGCCCCAACCUCUCCAUGUCCGUGCAGUACUACAACUACUUUCAGCGACGCGCCUAUCCGCGCAAGGUUCAAAUCCUGCGCAGGGACAACAGCCUGGUGAGCACCAAGCGGGUGAUAAUGGUGCAAAAGAAGGACGAGGAGUCGCAGGAAGUGCUGCACGAGUACCAGAUCAAGUCGACGGGCGGCUGGUACAGUUGCAACGUGGGCGGCAGGAACCUGCGCAUAAGCACGGAGCAAGUGAACCGGGUGCGCAACCUGCACAAGCCGCAAAUGAUGCUGCUGGGCUUCAAGCACCGCUCCUCUCUGCCAGAAGUGACCUACAGCAAGCCCUCGAACUUCAUGUAUCCCGACGAUCAGAGCAUCAUAGGAUCGAAGCGUCUGUUUCGGGCCUUGUGGGAGCGCUGCUUGGCGCGCGAGAAGAUAGCCAUCUGCCUGUUUAUGUGCAAGCGCAAGUCCAUGCCGCGCUAUGUGGCACUGGUGCCGGUGGAGGCCCCAAAUAAGGAGGAGGAGAAGAACUAUCGCUCGCUGCUCUGCGGCGAUGGAUUCAAGAUCGUCUACUUGCCGGAGUCCAAGCACAUUCGGAACAUAGACAUGUAUGACUGGAACGAUACAGGGAAUUCGGCAAGCGACGAGGGCGUCGAGUUUUUCCAGAAGGUCAUCAAGAAGCUGCGAGUUGACUACCAGCCGAAUCUGAUCAACGAUCCAAGUCUGGACGCCCUGCAAGCGAAUCUUCUAGCUCUUUCGCUGGACUUUACGACGGACAACAAAAGCAUCGAUAAUCUGCUGGACACCACGCAGCAGGACAAGCGCAUCGAAAAGCUCUUGCCCGACUACGACAAGAUCUUCGAUCCAGAGAUGGAGCCGGCCAAGAAAAGGGCGGCAAAAUCCACGACAGACGGUGCAAGCGCCCCGAAAAUGCCAAAGAUCGACGAGGAGCAGCUCAAGAACUUGGACUAUGUAAAGGAGCUAAUCAAAAUAGAGAAACUGACGAGCUGCACAGUCGCCCAACUCAACUUUAUUCUAAAGGAGCAUUUCGAAGUCACGAUGGGCAAGUCAACUAAGGCAAAAUUAGCGGAAAGAAUCGAGGCGUUAAUCAGUUGA